AUGAGCAGUAGAAGGGGUGCAAGAAGCUACGGCAGAGGCUGUGGAAGUGCUAGGGAUGGAUCUUCGGCAUCAGCUGGGGACGACGUAUUGUCGCAAGCAAUGUUAAGGAUUCUAGAAAGGGUCGCUGGGCCCGACACUGGUGUUGGGAGCCGAAGGUCGAUUUCUGAGAGACUCCGGUUGAAUGGAGCCGAGAUCUUCAAGCGUGUCGCUGGAGUAGCACCGAAUGUGGCCAAAUAUUUUUUGGAGGCCACUAAAAGAAUAAUGGACGUCUUGGAUUGCACUUCUGAGCAAAAACUGAAAGGAGCAGUGUCGCUGCUGCGAGAGAAAGCUUACCUGUGGUGGCUUACCGUGAAAGAGGGCACUCAGCUUGACCGGAUAGCCUGGGAGUUCUUCAAAUCGGCGUUUCAAGGGAAAUACGUGAGCGCAAGCUACGUGGAUGCCCAGAGGAAGGAAUUCUUGAACUUGACUCAGGGAGACCAAUCUGUGGCGGAGUACGAGGCAGAAUUCUUACAACUCAGUCGGUAUGUUAAAGGAAUAGUGGCAAUAGAUUAUGAACGUUGUGUUCAGUUUGAAGACGGCCUCAGAGACAGUCUUCGGGUACUAAUUGCUCCUCAGAGGGAGCGGGAUUUCGCAACAUUAGUGGGGAAAGCAAAUAUUGUUGAAGAUCUAAAGCGCACUAAGCACCUAAACUGGGAAAGAUAA